AUGAAGACUUCGUACCUUGUUCCUCUUGUUUUACUAUUUCUUUACUUCUCCAUUGCCACAGGCACAGAUCCUUUGGGGAAUUUGUGUAGUGAAGAAAGUCAUGUUACAAGUAACAAAAGCUAUACAUCAGCAAAAAUUGAUGACUUACUGGCUAAACUAGUUUCCAUAGCCAGUUCAACUGGUUAUGCGGCUAUCUCAUCUGGUCAAGACCAGGAUCAAAUCUAUGGGCUGGCACAGUGCAGGGGUGAUGUGACAAGCAAAGAUUGCUCAGGAUGCCUCCAAGAUGCAGCUAAGCAAACCCGCCAACUUUGUCAAAACCAAACGGAUGCAAGGAUUUGGUAUGACUACUGUUUUUUAAGGUAUAACAGCAAGGAUUUCAUUGGAAAAGUCGACACAGCUUUUGGCAUCUAUUACAUCAAUGUUGAGAAUGUAAUGAAUCCUGAAGAUUUUAACAGAAACCUAGGAGCGUUGAUGAAUAAGAUCAGAUCAGAAGCAGUUGUGGCAAAGAAUGAAGGGCUUGGCAAAGGAAAGACCGAAUUGUCAACUUUUGUGACGCUUUAUGCUUUGGUACAAUGUACAAGGGACUUGGCCUCAGUGGAUUGUGCUCAGUGCUUAGCUAUUGCAGUCAGGAAUUUUCCAAACUUCUGCAACAACAGGAAGGGCUGUAGGGUACUGUAUAGUAGUUGUUAUGUCCGAUAUGAGCUCUACCCAUUUUUCUACCCUCUUGAUUCAAGCAACUCCUUGACUAGUAAUCGUACUUCAGUAGCAAUAAUUUAUCCAUAA